AUGCAGAUCUUCGUGAAGACCGUCACCGGGGAGACUCUCACGCUCGAGGUCGAGAGCAGCGACACGAUUGACAGCGUAAAGGCCCAGAUCCAGCACAAGCAAGGAGUCAUCGGCACCUCCGACGGCCAUGACGACGACCGGCAUCAUCAGCUGCCAUCUCUCGUCUUCGCCGGGAAGCAGCUAGACGAGGAGGGCGGACGAACGCUGGCCGACUACGGUAUUGGCAAGGAGUCGACGCUGCAGCUCACGCUCGGCCUCCGCGGCGGCUACCCCUACAACGGCCGCGGCUACUACCCCUGGUUCGAGGAGCGCAGCCUCCAGGCGCUUGCGCUCAGCUACAACUUGAAGAAGAUGAUCUGCCGCAAGUGCUAUGCUCGCCUUCCUCCGAGGUCCACCAACUGCCGCAAGAAGAAGUGCGGCCGCAGCAACGACCUGAGGCCGAAGAAAACGUAUCGAUGCUGGUGACAAAACAACUUCACCAGGUCAGGGGUGUCGACAUGCAAACUACCACGAAGCCACCAGCUAUAACGCAGAUUCCUUUUUCUUUUCCCGAAUAAGCUUGAUGUGUAGA